GACUACAUCGACAAACACAAUUGGCGCCUUGACACCGCCUUCAAACGUUGAAACGGGUGUUCGCGCGCGACAACUUCCAUGCCCGCCUGAAUGUGCCAAGCCGGGCUUUUCAUAGCCGGACUGUGCAUACUUCUCCUGCUUCCACAACCGAGUCUAGCAUCUGUGCAAAAGGCUUCUUUUAACGGCAGCUUGGCUGACUUGGUUGGCGUCUCGGCAAACCAAGGCUACGACAGCCCUACCUACCAGCAGCAGGUCACUGGGCUCGGGCGGCGGCGGCUCACGCAGACUUCCAACUCCACCAGCAAUACCACUUCGCGCUACCUGCAGUCCAACUGCUUGUGCAACAAGUUUGCUCAGGUCGGCAACUUCACUGCGGACUACCACUACCUGUGCUUCACGGCAGACGCUUGCGGCGGCCCUCAGUACAGCGUGCCCCGCAACUACCUGCAGUCCACUGAGUGCAACGCCACAAACACUACCGGCUGCGAGGUCUUGCCCACCCAGUACGACAGCUGCCGCAGCUGGAUCUCAGCCACCGGCAACACAUCCGUACCGUGCCCGUCGUACCCCUGCUGCCAGACCGUACAGCAGCCCGCCAACGUGACGUACUGCGCCUCGCUCGGGCAGUACUGCUUCAACGUGGGGCCAAGUCCUGACGGCAGUACGUACGACCGCUUCUGUACGACAGGUCCCCAGCAAACCACUGGGCUACAACAAACAUGUACGGUCAAACUGGUAUCUCCGCCGCCGUCGCCGUCACCGCCGAACCCUCCGCGGCCGCCGCGGCCGCCGUCGCCCAACCCGAGUCCACCCCUCCCGCCGCGGCCCCCUCGACCCCCGCCACCCCAGCCGCCUGCGCCGCCUCCUUCACCUCCUUCACCCCCAGCACCUCCAUCACCGCCCCCGGUACAAGAGCCUAGUCCGAAGCCCCCCUCACCAGAACCGCCGUCGCCGCAGCCCCCGGCACCUUCACCUCCGCAUCUCCCGCCACCAUCGCCAGCACCAACCUCGCCUGCGCCGCCCAGCCCGGACCCGCCUACUCCGGCGCCUCCAUCGCCCGCGCCUCCUUCCCCGGCGCCUCCUUCGCCAGCGCCGCCGUCGCCUGCACCUCCUUCGCCAGCGCCGCCGUCGCCAGCACCUCCGUCGCCGGAGCCUCCGUCGCCUGCACCUCCUUCGCCAGCGCCUCCUUUGCCGCCACCGCCGUCGCCCACGCCUCCGUCACCGCAGCCUCCCAGCCCAUUCCCGCCCUCGCCUGUGCCGCCCAGCCCGGCCCCGCCCAGCCCGGCCCCGCCCAGCCCGGCGCCUCCAUCGCCAGAGCCUCCAUCACCGGAGCUGCCCAGCCCAUUCCCGCCGUCGCCCGCGCCGCCAUCGCCCGCGCCGCCGUCGCCUGCGCCGCCAUUGCCUGCGCCUCCAUCACCCGCGCCGCCAUCGCCCGCGCCGCCGUCACCAGCGCCUCCAUUACCAGCGCCGCCGUCGCCCGCACCGCCGUCGCCUGAGCCGCCGUCGCCCGUGCCGCCGUCGCCCACGCCUCCACUACCAGCGCCGCCGUCGCCCGCACCGCCGUCGCCUGAGCCGCCGUCGCCCGUGCCGCCGUCGCCCGCGCCGCCAUCACCCGCGCCGCCAGUUCCGCCUGCACCUCCAUCACCCGCGCCGCCAGUUCCGCCUGCACCUCCAUCACCCGCGCCGCCAGUUCCGCCUGCACCGGCGCCCCCGCCACCAAGUCCGCUUCCACCAGCACCGACUGUUCCAGCAGAUCCGCCACUUAGUCCGGAGCCCCCGUCGCCGGAGCCCCCGUCACCUUUACCACCCAGCCCGAAUCCUCCAAGCCCGGCCCCUCCCAGCCCUGAGCCUCCAUCUCCGGAGCCGCCGUCGCCGAUGCCGCCUAGUCCGCAUCCGCCUUCGCCACUGCCCCCCAGCCCGGCCCCUCCCAGCCCUGAGCCUCCAUCUCCGGAGCCGCCGUCGCCGAUGCCGCCUAGUCCGCAUCCGCCUUCGCCUCUGCCCCCCAGCCCGGCCCCUCCCAGCCCUGAGCCUCCAUCUCCGGAGCCGCCGUCGCCGAUGCCGCCUAGUCCGCAUCCGCCUUCGCCACUGCCCCCCAGCCCGGCCCCUCCCAGCCCUGAGCCUCCAUCUCCGGAGCCGCCGUCGCCGAUGCCGCCUAGUCCGCAUCCGCCUUCGCCUCUGCCCCCCAGCCCGGCCCCUCCCAGCCCUGAGCCUCCAUCUCCGGAGCCGCCGUCACCGAUGCCGCCUAGUCCGCAUCUGUCUUCGCCACUGCCCCCCAGCCCGGCCCCUCCCAGCCCUGAGCCUCCAUCUCCGGAGCCGCCGUCGCCGAUGCCGCCUAGUCCGCAUCUGUCUUCGCCACUGCCCCCCAGCCCGGCCCCUCCCAGCCCUGAGCCUCCAUCUCCGGAGCCGCCGUCACCGAUGCCGCCUAGUCCGCAUCCGCCUUCGCCACUGCCCCCCAGCCCGGCCCCUCCCAGCCCUGAGCCUCCAUCUCCGGAGCCGCCGUCGCCGAUGCCGCCUAGUCCGCAUCCGCCUUCGCCACUGCCCCCCAGCCCGGCCCCUCCCAGCCCUGAGCCUCCAUCUCCGGAGCCGCCGUCACCGAUGCCGCCUAGUCCGCAUCCGCCUUCCCCUGCGCCUCCGUACCCGGGACCGCCCAACCCGGCCCCUCUCAGCCCGGCCCCUCCCAGCCCGGCCCCUCCCAGCCCGGCCCCUGGUUUGCCUCCGCCAUCCCCGGCGCCGCCCAGCCCUGCGCCACCGUACCCGGGACCGCCUGCCCCUGCCCCUCCCAGCCCGGCUUUGUCCAGCACAGCUUUUGGUGUGCCUCCGCCGUCGCAAUUUACUGCACCGCCAUCCAUCUGGGUCGGAUGGUCGCCGCCGGCUAUUGCCCCACCGCUGCCAUAUCUGCAGUCAUUGAACAGUACCCAGCCUCCGCCUCAGCUCCCACCGGCGCUAAUGACUCCUGCUGCGGCUCCCACCCUCAACGUCUUGGUACCGCCGCUGUACGCCCCCGGUUCCUGGGCCGGACAUCCUGUCGUACCGCCUCCUGCGCCGCCAUUCACGUGGUCACAACCGCCUUCGACGUUACUGCAACCGUUGCCCGGGUACCCUCCGUCGCCCUGGCCACCAACUGCUGCGCCGCCGCCGCCGCCAGACGCUCCAGCAUCACUGCCUGCAGUCCCAACGCCACGCCUGCCGCCUGCGCCACAGCAGCCUCCCCAACCAGAGCCUCCAGCCAGCCCCCAGCCGCCAGUGGCACGGCCUCCACCGGUGUCGCCGCCGCUCCCAGCGCCCUUGUUGCCGCCGCCUUCACCUCUGGCGACACCCACGCCAUCGCCAACGAGCUCCGCUUCUCCGGCGGCGCCGCCCUCGGCACCUGCUGCAACUCCUGCGGCUGCAUCGCUGCCUGCCCCUCCCCCCAUGCCCUCGCCAGCAGCACCGCUCCCGCCUCCACUCGCGCUGGCACUGCCGCCCGAGCCGCCAGUGGCGCCGCCAGCCAAGCCGCAAGUGCCCCCCUCUACGCCAUCGCCCAAGGCACCUUCCCCUGCUGAGCCGCCGCCGCCGAGCCGGCAGCCACCGCCCGCCAGCCCGCAACAGCAGAACAGCACCGGCAGGAGCAACAGCAGCGGCAGCGGCAGUAGCAGCAGCCGAAACACCACAGGGGGCGUGAUGGUUAGCCCGCCGCUGGCGCCUGAAGCGCCGGCGGCCCCCGACUCACCGACCCCGUCUACAGGCAGUACCGGCGACCUCCAGUCCGCGCACCUCCCACCGCCGCCGCCACCGCCGCCACAACCCGGUAGCGGCACCGCCGGCGGCAAGCCUUCCAACCGCCGCCGCCAAGCCGUCGCGGUUGCUGUCGGCUCCAUCUUCGGAGCUUGCGUGCUAGUUUGCUGCUGCGCCGUGCUGUACAAAAUGUACGACAGAGGCGCAUCACCGCGACGUGGCUGGCUGGGGAUGGGUGGAAGAGGCCGGCGCGACCGGAGCGCAGCCUACCGCGAGGAGCCCCAGGGAUCAUACGCUGAGGAGCCCACCAAGGGCUACCACUGGAGCCAGCGGGACAAGGGCGUGCAGGCCGGGCCCGGCGGCGGCAGCCCCUACCCGCCGCCGCCGCCCGUGCCACUCGGCGGCGGCGCUUCAGCCGCCGCCGCAUUCGGCGACCGCCGCAAAGGCGGCGGCGCCACCCCCCGUGAGCUGCUGUACGGCGACGAACGGUACGGUGGCAACGGUAACGGCAACGGCAAUGGUGGCGGCGCAAUGCCAUGGCACGGCGGUGGCGGCGGAGAGAAGUACGGCGACGGCCGCAAUGACAACGUGCGUGCGUACAUCAGCAACGGGCCGCCGCCGUCGCCCGGCCGCCGGCCGCCGCCGCCGCCGUCACCCCGCGGGCACAGCACUGCAGAGGUCUACCCUGUCACGUGGGAAGGCAGCCGCGGUGACGGUUACGGUCACGCUGGCGGUUAUCCCAACGGUUACGGUGAUGGGCCGCACGGAAACGACGGCGGCACCGCCGCCGCCAGCCGGGGCGGCCGCAGUGAGGCCGGCCUGGCGGCGGCGGUUGGCGGAGCUCUCACGAGCUGCCUGAAGGUGUGCAGCCGUGGCGGCGGCGGCGGCGGCGGACGCGGCCCGGUGCGCUAUGAUGAUGACGAAUACUAUGAUGACGGCGGCAACCGCGAGGAGGAGUAUGACGAUGUGCGCUAUGCGGGUCGCACCGGUGGUGGCGGCGCUGUCGCCUCUGGCGGCGGCGGCGGCGGCUGCUUCGGUCGCGGCGCCGCGAAUGCGCCGCCGCAGGGGCGCCAUGGCUAUGGCCCCAGCAAAAUGCCCUACCCGCCGCCGGCCGGGCAGGUGUACGGACCCCCACCGUACACCGACGGUUACGACGACGACGCGUAUGAUGACGGUUACUAUGGCAACGAGGGACUGGAUGCGCGCUGGCCGCCGCCGCCGCCGUCUCCUCGCCAAGGUGACAGCCGUCGUCCGAAGAUGGUUAUGAACAAAAAGGUCCAAGCCGACAUUGACGAUGGCGCUGGCGGCGGCGGAAUGACGGCGCCGAGUGUGGACGUGGCUGCCGCGGCCGCAGCCGGCAGCCGGCAGCAACGCCAGGGCUCGCGCGAGCAUCAGCAGCGCCAACGGCAGGCCGCAGCCACGGGGCGUCGUGACGCCGCGGUUGGCGGCGGCCUCGGCCUCGAUGGAGGCGGCGGCGGCGGUCCCUGUGAUGACGACGUCAGCGUUGGCGUCACUGACGGCGGCUCUGACAUCAGCAGCCUGGCACACCGCCAGCCGCAACGGCGCCAGCCACCGGCAGCGGCGGCGGCGCCGCCGCCGCCACCAGCUCAGCACCCUCAGCAGCGUGUGCACUGGGCCGGUGGUCCCGACGGCGACACGGAGGGCGACACGGAGGGCGACGGGGCCUCUGAGGCUUCCUUCGCCACGGCGCCAUCCGCACGCGUGCAGCCACAGACGCCGCGCCACGGGCUGGUGAUGGCGCUGCCGCCAGAGGGCCGCCAGUCCAUGGCAGUGGCCGCUGCCGCCACUGCUGGUGUGGGCCAGCAGUCGCCGCCGCUGCGGCCGAAAGGCUCCCGGAGCCGUCGCCGGGGCUCGGCGGUGGCGCCGGAGGGCGGCCCGCCGGCGGCUAGCCCGCGUAACCGGAGCCGCGCUGUUGAACACGCGACGGACGAGACCAACAGUGAGGAAGAGGAGGAGGAGGAGGUGGAGGAGGAGGGCGACAACGGUGCCGCCAACACGCCGCGCCGCCUCCGCGCCGCCGCUCACGUGCCCAGCGGCGGCGCCAGCCGUCGCCCCAGCACCGGGGCUCGCCCCGCCAGCGGCGGUCGCCUGCGACACAACACCGCUGUCGCCGCCAGCGCUUCCGCCACCGCGACCGGUACCGGCGGUGACGAGACGCCGGUUGUUGACGUCAGCGACGAAGGCUACGUCCAAGAGCUGUUGAAACAGGUGAACGGCCUCCUUGCAGAUAUGAAUGCGGGCGUCGUACUGGGCGGACUGGGCAGCGGCGGUGGCGGUGCCGCCGCCGCCACAGACGAAUCGCCGCCGGCGGCUGUGGCCAGCCGACGGCCCUCGGUGCCGCCGCGCGGCUCGGUCUCCCUGUCGCGCGGGCUGUCAGAGGCCGCGCUGGCGGCAGCGGCGGCGGCCGCUGGCGGCGCUGACCUGGCGCCGCUGCCGCCGCUGGCAGCGGCGGAGGCACCGCCGCCGCGCAGCAGCUACAGCGGCAUGUCGGGCAUCAGUGACAUUGGUAGGCACGUGGAGGAGGCGACACGUGCGGCAUUGGGGCGCCUGGCGUCACACUCACCCUCCCCAACGUCCGCCCCUCCGCCGCCGUACUAUGGCGCACGCAGCGUGCCUAGCUCGCCGCUGGCGUCUGUCUCGUACGCCUCACCGACACGGGCUGGCGGCGGCGCCACGGGCUCCGUUGGCGGCGGCGCCAUGGGCUCGGUUUCGUACAGCUCCUUCCCGUACGGCAGUGGCGGCGGCGUGGGUGGCUUGCAGCAGCAGUACGACAUGACUCUGCAGCAGCAGCAGCCCUCCCGCUCGCCCUCACUUCUGCAGCAACAGCAGCAGCAGUGGCAGCAGCAGGCGCAGGGCUCCUCUGUUGUCUCGGCAGUAGCCGAGGAGAGCGACCUGGACCGCGAGUAUCGAGCGUACUAUGACUCCAGCGCGUCUGCUACUGCCGGCGCCGCUGCAGCUGCUACAGCCAGCUUCCGGCACCAGCAGCACCAGCAGCACCAGCGUCGCUACCAGCCCUCGCUGCUGUCGCAGCAGGACCCUCAGCAGCCCCCUGCUUCGCCCACCACCAUGCUGCUCGCGGGCGGGCACCGCUACACCGCGUUUGACAACCCGCUGGCGGAGCUGGCGGCGGCGCAGCCGGCGCCGGCGCCAGAGCCGCACAUGGGCGGCGGCGGCGGCGCCCGCCGGGACCUCGGCGGCAGCCUCGGCGGUGCACGUGGCGGCGGCGAGGGCGGCCCUACGGCUCGCAGCACGCCGCUGCUGUCAGACGUGCUGUUCAGUUCGCUGGCUCCCGAGCUGGCGUGGGAAGUGGCGUCGGCGCUGGGCGGCGUGGGGCUGAUGGGCAUGGACGGCGAGCAGCAGCAGCAGCAGCAGCCGCAACAUCAACAUGAGCAGCACGACGGAGAUCGGCACCACCAGCAGCACCCGCACCAGUACGCUGGGGUUGAUGGGUACUACGAUCAUGAUGACGCGGGCGAAGGUGGCGUGGCGGCUCGGCGUGUCGCACUGCCAAGCAUGCCGCAGUCACCCCACACCGCCACGGCCGCCGCCACGCGCCCGAGCAAGACCAUCAUUAACAUCCCACCGGGCGCAGAGGCAGACGAGCUGAUCUACCGCCACCACCAACACCAGCAACACCAGCACCAACACCAGCAGCAGCAGCGCCAGCAGCCGCAGCACUUCGCUGCCGCCGCCGGCCCCCACGCCGGCCGGCCGGCCUCGCCGCCGGCGUCCGUGUCUUCCGUGCUCGCCUCCAUGACAAGCUCUUACACACGCCCGCGCGAACACUCGGCCGUGUGUCUGAGCGACAAACUGCGGACGCUGGCAUCGUUCGCGACGGACGCCGCCAUGCAGCUGCAGACCUUUGCGCCGCGGCUGACCGCCAGCACGAGCGCCGGCGCUGAGGGGGCGGAGCCGGAUGGCCAGCAGGUGCGGCUGCAGCCGUUCGCUGCCGGCAACGACACCCCGCAAGGCCGCGCCUCCACCGCUCUCUCUGCAGCUUCUGCUGCAGCCGCCGCCGCCGCCGCCGCUUGGCCGGCUGGUCUGCACGGCGAUCAACAGCAGCAGCACCACCAACACGGGGACAGCGGUCCCUACGCCCGGGCGCAGAGCCCCUCCCUGUCCAGCAUUGCUGAUGACUACACCCCUGCUGCAGCGGCAGCGGCGGCGCCGCUGGCCCAGCAGCAGCUGCUGCAGCUGCAACAUGCACGGGAGGUGGUGAGCUACAGCCAGCCAGCCUUGGCGAUGGGCGCUACAGCCUCGGCGCAGCAGCAGCUACACCUGCAGCCGCCGUCAGCACGCAUGCCGUUUCUGUCCUCGCCUGGCCCCAUCUCUGGUGUGGGCGGUAACAGCAAUGGUGGUGCCGUGAAGCCGCCGCCGCAGCCGCCCACGCCGCGGCACGGCAGCACGGCCUGGCCGGCAGGCGGUGUGGGCGGCAGCGAGGGCGCGAGCCCGCUGCCUGACGUGCCUGCCAGCCCGCCGCUGCCGCCGCGCAAGACUGGCAGUGCCAGCAGCAGCGGAGGAAACGGCAGCAGGGGCGUUGCCAAUGGCAGCGGCAAUGGAGAAGGCUGCGCGUCGCCGCAGCAUCAGCAGGCCCAGCUGCGGCAGUAUCAGCAGCCUCAGCUGACGCCGGGACAGCUACGUGCUCGUAUGCUGUCAGAGGAGGUGGAGCGCCGCCAGGCUGCAGCUGCCACCAUGAGUGCGAAUGCUAAUUUGACCCGGCAUCAGCACCAGGCGGGCAGCGGAGAUGCUUACAACGCUGCCGGCGCCUACUUGCAGAGCCCGGGUGUUGGCAAUGGUGCGACUGGUGGUGGUACUAGUUCCGGGCAUCAGGGGCGGGGCGGUGUGGUGGAGGGGGAUGAGGACGCGUCGUUCCUGGCCAUGGCCGCAGACGUGCUGCAGAGGCAGCGCAGCAGCCUGCGGCUGGGUCCAGGCGCGGCGGCGGCGCCUGACCCGAAUUGCCCGAGGUAGAAUGGUUGAUGGUAGAUGCGGGGCAAGGGCAGCGGCCCCCCGCUAAGUCGUAUGCAAAGUCAGGACGGAGGACAUCAUGCCAUGUCAUCGUUAAAAGCAUCGUUGAUGUUAAAAACGAAUGAGCUGGGGCGGGGAGUCUAUCUGUGGAGGUGUGGAGUGCACGGGCAGUGAAGCCCCGGCACACCGCGUGCGUGCUACUCGUGAUCGCAUGUGUGAGAAAAGUACCAAGAAGCUUCUAAAUCACUUGGUUUGUGUAAACGAGAGAUUGUGCCAUGAUGGCGCGUCCAGAGGGACGCGAGCCGGCGAAGUGUAAGGACCAUGAUUUCUGGAGGUCCGCAGGGUAACAAUCCUGUACAACAUCACAGCCUUGGCGCAUAUGCCCAAGGAGCGCACGCUGAAUGUAGUCUGAACCUGUGG